CUGCUAGAGGCGCAAAUAACUGAGUGUCUAGCGUGAUUGUUGCAUACCACGUGUAUACAGAAUUCAUAGGUUUCAUAACCUAAAACUUGUGAAACGUGUUGACACACGUGAACUUCUACUCCAUUUCAUCAGCGAAUUUAUUUAAAAUAAAUAAAUAAAUAUGGCUAAAUUUUGUCUAAAAAAACCGAGUAAGCGGAUCCAAGCUCGUAAAAGAUAUAAGAUUGAAAAAAAGGUCCGUGAUCAUAAUAGAAAACUUCGUAAAGAGGCGAAGAAAAAUCCAAAAAAAAAACCUAAAUUGAUACAAGUUCCGAAUCAAUGUCCCUUCAAAGAAGACAUCUUGAAAGAAGUAGAAGCAUUAAAAAAGCAAAAAGAAGAAGAAAAACAGAAACGACGUGAAGAAGCAAAAGCAAGAAAGUUAGCAGAACGUGAAAAAAUAGCGUCUGGCGAUCUUCAAUCAUUAGUAUCAUCAACAGAAAAUAAACAACAGAAAUUUGAGUCCCGAACGAUAGAGAGUAUAAUGAGCAAUAAUCCAGAACUUGUCAAAGAGGAAAAUUCAUUAAAAGCUUAUUUCAAAGAAUUUAAAAAUGUAGUUGAUGCUGCAGAUGUAAUUUUAGAAGUUGUAGAUGCUAGAGAUCCUUUGGGAACGCGAUGUAAACAAGUGGAAGAAAUAGUGAGAUCAGCGAAGGGAAAUAAAAAAUUAGUUCUAGUAUUAAAUAAAGCAGAUCUUGUUCCUAAAGAUAAUCUUGAACAAUGGCUUAAGUAUUUGAAAAUGAGUUUACCGACUAUUGCAUUUAAAGCAUCUACUCAAAAUCAAUCAAAAAAAUUGGGUCAGAAACAAUUAAAUUUAAAAAAAGAAAAUAUAACACACAAUAGUACGUGUUAUGGAGCAGAAUUAUUACUUUAUCUAUUGGGAAAUUAUUGUAGAAACAUAGGAGGGCUAAAAAAAAGUAUAAGAGUAGGUGUUGUAGGUUUGCCGAAUGUUGGAAAAUCUAGUAUCAUAAAUUCUUUAAAGCGGAGUAAAGCUUGCAAUGUUGGGAGUACUCCAGGAAUCACAAAAACCAUGCAAGUAGUUCAUUUAGAUUCAAAAAUAAAAUUACUUGAUUCACCGGGUAUCGUGUUUGCGGACUCUCAUCCAGAUAAUGCUAAUGACUCAUCAGUUGCGCUUAAAAAUGCUGUGAAAAUUCAAUCACUGAAGGAUCCAUUUACUCCUGCUACUGCAGUUUUAAAGAGGAUUCCUAAACAACAAAUAAUGGAACUGUAUGACAUGCACAAUUUUUCUACGCCUGAUGAAUUUUUUGCAAAAAAAGCUUUGAGAAUGGGAAUGUUUAAGAAAGGAGGAGUGCCAGAUCCCGUAGCAGCAGCCAGAAGUAUUUUGAAUGACUGGAAUUCUGGAAAAAUCAGGUAUUAUACAGUACCACCAGAAUUGCCAUCUAGUGAAGUGUCUGCGCAAAUUGUCAGUCAAAUAGGAGAGGAAUUUGACAUCGAAAAAUUUAUGGCAGAGGAAAAAAUGGUACUUGAUUCGAUAGAGCAAGCAUCAUCGAAAACCAAUCUAACUGUCGUUGAUCCAUUACAAAUUGAUAGUACUGGACCCGUAGAUGCGGCUAUUGAAUUAGAAAAAAAGGAAUAUAAGUUGCAACAAUUAAAUGAAAAGCAAAAGAAAAAAAAUGAAGUCGAGAAAAGAGUAAAAGUAACAAAGAAAACCCAGAAAAUUGAUCCAGUUUUCGAAAUCGAGGGAAAUCAAAAGUUGAAUAAACACAAUAAGUUACUUUUCAAAAAACAGAAAAAAGAAAAAAUUAAACGAGAAAAAGAAGCAACGAAGCUAGCCAACCAAUUAGAUGAAUUCAGUAUGGAAGAUAAAGAAGAUGAAUAUGAUUUCGAUACUGACUUUAAUAUGAGGCAGUCAAAAGAAUGAUUUAAUUGAAAAUUAUUAAAAUUCAUAAUGACUUUGUUAUAAAUAAAUUAUCUAAAAAAAUUAA